AUGAACAUCUUCAGACUCACGGGGGAUCUGUCUCAUUUGGCUGCAAUUAUCAUCCUGCUGAUGAAGAUAUGGAAAAGCAGGUCCUGUGCAGGCAUUUCAGGAAAAAGCCAGAUCCUCUUCGCACUUGUGUUCACCACACGAUACCUGGAUCUUCUCACCUCUUUCAUCUCCCUCUAUAACACCUUCAUGAAGGUGAUUUACAUUGGCUGCGCAUACGCUACGGUCUACUUCAUCUAUGCAAAAUUCAGAGCAACCUAUGAUGGAAAUCACGACAGCUUCAGAGUGGAGUUCCUGGUUGUUCCUGUUGGAGGACUCGCCGUUCUGAUCAAUCACGACUUCUCGCUCCUGGAGAUUCUGUGGACUUUCUCCAUCUACCUGGAGUCUGUGGCCAUUCUGCCUCAGCUCUUCAUGAUCAGCAAGACGGGCGAGGCGGAGACCAUCACCACACACUACCUGUUCUGCCUGGGCCUGUAUCGCGCCCUCUAUCUCUUCAACUGGAUCUGGCGUUUCUACUUUGAGGGCUUCUUUGACAUGAUCGCCAUCGUGGCCGGAGUGGUGCAGACUGUUCUUUACUGCGAUUUCUUCUACUUAUAUGUCACGAAAGUGCUGAAGGGCAAGAAGCUGAGCCUGCCUGCAUAA